UUAUCUUCUUGACUAGAACUGAUAAGAUCCAACGCUAUGAUGUAUUUUUUAUCAUGACCUUUGGAUUUAUUCUUCUUUUUUCCUUUGGUGGGAUCUGCUUAGUUUGUUGUGCCGCACUGGGAAAACAGUCAUGUUGUAUCUCCAAACUGCAUACAAGGCCACAGAGAUUUUGGCUGUAUUUCUUUGUGGAAUGCUGCAACAUGAGGCUGCUAGGUUUUCUCUAUGCCUCCUUUGGUGGGAUAACAGAGAUUCCUGGUGGUUGGUUUCUGGGCUUGCCAAUGUUUCUGGGUUUGAUAAUAUUCCCUGUGUUACGAUGUUGUGAAAGGAGAAGAUUUGGUUUCAUAUGCUGGAUUGUUACCAUGGUGUCUGUAGUCCUCUUUUAUAUGUUCAUAUUGCUUGUUUUCAUGGGUCUAUUUCAAGGAAGUAGUAAAGAGGGUCCGGGAUGGUUGGCUCUUUAUGUUUUGCUCCAUCUUCUGUCAGUGCUUACACUCUUCAAGCAUCCAAAACAAGUGCCAGAAUUACCACAUGCCAUUGUGUACAUCUUUGGGGCAGCUGGUCUCAGUGCGCUGAAUUCUAUUUUCUUGACAACAGAGCUUAUUCUCAAAGCAGUCUCAGAAACUGGGCAGAGAACGCUGAUAGAUCUACGAGUUUUUGUGCUACCCUGUGAGUGUGUUUUUGUUGCCGGUUGGAUUCUUCUGCAGAUACAUGAUGCCUGGACUCGGAAUAAGCACAUAUACAGUAUCAUGCAAUAUCAUGCAAUGUAAUUUCAUUUUUAGAAUACAAAUGAACAUUCUACCCAUGGAACGGUCUCAGGUAAAUACAAUCAUUUUAUACAACAGUUUGGUCCUGUCUGGUCUGGUCAAAGUGAGGGAAAAUGGAGUACAUAAAGUAGAGGAAGUGUUUAGUAUACUGUAGUUUGGCCGUACGUGCUGUUAUGUUGCUAAAAU